AUGGGUAAGGCUCGUGCAUUCUCCAAGACCUCCUUUGCACGCGAUCGGGACUGUCCAUGGGCACAUUUGGGCGGCCUUAACAGGCGGGUUAAGGAUGUUGCAUUGGUUUCUUGGGAAAAGCCUCCACCGGGGUGGUUCAAGCUUAACACUGAUGCCAGUGUCCUCCACGGUAGGGCAUUCGGGGAUGGGGACGUACGAGAUCAUUGUGGGAGGGUGAUCUUCGCCAAUUACAAGGAGUUUGGAGAGUUGGAUGUGUUGGAAGUUGAGGCGCAGUCUCUUCGGGAAGGCCUAGCAAUGUGUGCAGCUCGGAUAGUGUGCACAUUGAUUGUUGAAUCAGACUCAAAUGUCCUUGUCCAGCUAGUGAAUUCGGAGGUUGUGUCGAAGUGGACAGUGUGCAAUGUUCUACGGGAGAUUAGACACCUCCGUCGGAUGAAUGCACCCCUUCACCACGUGUUUCACGAGGCCAACUCGGUGGUAGGUGCAUUAGCCUCAUUGCGAUUGGGUGGGCAGCGGUGCUACGCCUCAUUCGCGGCCCUGCCUCUCAGAGCUAGAAGGGAGGCUCGUCUUGACUGUUGCGAAGUUCCACGUCUACGUGAGGUGCCGAUUAGGGCUUGA